CAGCAGCCGAGCCCGCAGGCAGCAAACACCGCCUAGAAACGGAGCGAGCCCGCACGAUUCAUGGAAAUAUGUAGUUAGUUCGCACAAUUCAGACGAUUUCGACAACAACAAAAAAAGGGGGGAAGCUUAGUGGAAGCUGAGCAGUUACAUGGAAAGUUACCAUGGGUGGCCAUGAUGAUGAAGAUAUGUCGUAUGUUGUAAAUAAACAAAAACAAGAUGAAGAGCUGAAGAACAAGCUGAAUGACAGCAGCCACUGGUGCGACCAGGAGUCAACUGGCAAUAAUGCCAAGUGGCUCAAAGAAGGCCAGAACCAGCUGCGGAAAGUGUCCGAGAACCAACAGGACCAGGACCACAACUGCAAUAUCAGCCAGAAUGGGAACAAGGAAGACUUCCCUCAACAGACCACCACUCAGGAAGAACAACAGGGAAACGAGGAGCAGACCAAGUCUCCCAAAAUAGCAAUGACCCCUGGUCUCAGUCAGGAGGAGUCCAAGAACAUCCUUAAUGAGCCGCUACUCAUUGACACUCUGGAGUCUACAGAAGAGAAAGAUAAAGAGAGAGAGGAAGAUGGCAAAGAGAAGGAAAAGACAUCAGAGGAUGAUGAAGAGACAUCAGGUGAUACCAGAGGAGUGGCAGAGGAACAGAGCAACGUGGAGUCUCAGAGGGAGGGCAGUGUUGUGGGGAGAAAUGCCUGCCUCCUGUUCUCCAACAUGAACGGGUCACCAAAUGAGGAAGAGUCCAGCUGGCCGGCAGUGUCUCAGGACAACGCAGCCGACAGCUCUCCCAAUGGCAACAGAGAGUCCUUUUGGGAUUCCAGUGCUUUUGAGACAGACACAGACCUGCCUUCAGGAUGGAUGAGGGUGCGAGAUACAUCGGGCACAUACUACUGGCACAUCCCCACAGGUACCACCCAGUGGGAGCCUCCUUCACCCCUGGGUAAAGUUGGUGACUCCAUGAUGUCCUCGACUAUGUCCCUUGAGACUACACCCUGUGAGGAGCAUGAGGAAUCCUGGGCUCAGCUUUCCAGCACAGAUGAAGGAGUUGGUGAAGGGGAACUGUGGAGGGAGGAGGGAGAGGUUGCAUCUGACCAAAGUCUGAAGGAGUUUGAAGGAGCAACUCUACGCUAUGCAUCCAUCAACCUGAAUUACAAUUGCUCCCAGUCUGAGGAAGAAGAGAAGCUCGCUCCACUCUGCACAGAUUUAGAAACUAAGUGUUUUGCAGUGCGUUCUCUGGGCUGGGUUGAGAUGUCUGAGGAGGACAUGGCACCGGGCAAGAGCAGUGUUGCGGUCAACAACUGCAUCAGGCAGCUCUCUUAUCACAAACACAACCUUCAUGACACCGCUGGUAUCUGGGGAGAGGGUAAGGACAUGCUGAUGGUCCUGAAGAACGACACUAUGAACUUGAUCGACCCACUGGGCCAGACUCUGCUUCAUGCUCAGCCAAUUGGCAGCAUCCGUGUUUGGGGUGUUGGCAGAGACAACGGGCGGGAUUUUGCUUAUGUGGCUCGAGACAACCUGACCCAAGUACUGAAGUGUCAUGUUUUCCGCUGUGACUCACCUGCCAAGAACAUAGCCACCAGCUUACAUGAGAUGUGCUCAAAGAUAAUGAUGGAGAGAAAGGCAACCAAACCAGGGGUGAGCAGGCUCAACUCUGACCCGAAUAACCCUGUGGUCAUCCCUGUUGAAGAGUUUCCUGCUCCAAAAAAUGAACUCUUCCAGCACUUCCAUGUUUAUUAUCUUGGUUGUGAGGCUGUGGCUAAGCCAGUUGGUAAGAAAACACCUUCAAGUAUGGAUAUAAUCAAUGACCAACUAGAGGCAGCAGUGAAUCGCAAAGAUAAAAAUGAGUGGACUCCUGUGUCUGUGAAUGUCGCACCGGCCACCCUUACAAUACUCUCAAAACAGAAUGAGGAGGUGCUGUCAGAGUGCAGGGUGCGCUUCCUGUCUUUCAUGGGUGUGGGGAAGGACGUCCACACCUUCGCUUUCAUCAUGGCAGAGGGUCCCCAAGAUUUCACCUGCCACAUGUUCUGGUGCGAACCCAACGCUGCCAGUCUGAGUGAGGCUGUACAGGCUGCCUGCAUGCUUCGCUACCAGAAAUGUUUGGAUGCACGUCCGCCCAGUCUAGCCUCCUGCCUGCCCACUCCUCCUGCUGACUCGGUGGCUCGACGGGUCAAAAAGGGGGUGCAGAGUCUGCUAGGCAGCUUUAAGAGCUACAGGUCAGGCUCCCAAUCCCCCUGAGUUGGAAUGAAGAUGAUCCACAGUCCAUUAAACACAAGGUCCAUCAUCACAGCCCCUUUCUCAAUCUCACUCCUCCUCCUCCUCCUCCUCCUAUCAUCCUUCGGCCACAGUUUCGCCUUACGACCAUUUCACUUGUCUAGUCACUAGUCUAGUGUGUGGAGUAGUUUGUGGGGAAAAUGUGUGUCUGAAAAGAUUGCAUAUAUUUCCUUUUUUGUUUUGGCUGUUACUUUAUACAACAAUUUUAAACUCCCAUCUUUAAACAGAUGAAUCCCUGGCAUCUGUAUUGUCUUUGCUGGGAUUCUUUCUGUGAGUCUUAACUAUUUUUGUGUUUUAACAGAAACAAAUGCUAUGAAUGUUGGAUAUGGAUGUAAUAUAUUUUACAUGCAGACGCUAGAAUUUGCUUGAAAAAGACGUUGCUAGAUCCUCUCACAGAAAUGGUCUCGUUCCCUUAUUUUCCUCGGUGCAAUUCUCAUCUCUAACGCUCCUCUUUUUCUACUUUUAACAAAGGUACUGUAACACAGUCGUUGGUGUCAAGUAUCCUAAUAUUGAUUUUCUAAAACAUCAUUGCACCCCUCUCUCUACCACCUUAGGUUGUAAUACAAGCGCUGUAGGCGUCUCAGUAGUGUGCCACGUAGUUAUAUGUCCCCGACCCUCCCGAACAAUGUAGUCUUCCAAAGAACUGUAUGGUCAUCUGUCACAUAGUGAGCAACCACUGAUUUGAGUGUAGUGUGUUUCUCAUACAUUCUGCAUGAACAUUUGCAAGUUCAGUGCUAGUGUGCAAUAAUCAGAUGUUCCUGUAUGGUGUGGUGAUACGAUGGCUGCCAUGUGAUUAUUUGUUCACUUUAAUGAGAGAGUCUGGCUAGAUGAGUGCGAGGCUAAUGGAACAACAGAGCCAUGUUAAAAAUCAUUAUUGUGUGAUAGAAAUAAUAGUAAUAAAAAAUACAAACUCUGGGUUUUCACACAGCCGUUUACCACCAACAACUACUGAAUAGUACUGUAGAAACUCACCACAAGCUGCAUGUUUUGAUAGCUUAGAGUUCUUGCUGCUUGCAGCGGUUUAGUGCUUAAGACCCAUCAAUGUAUCCUGUAAAUUCUUACUGUGUUUCUGUAUGGUAAGAGGAGGCUGGAGUUGAUGUGUUGUUUCGUGUUUCAUAGGCAUGUCACUCUAGUUAGUGUCAGUGUUUAUCAUAAGCUAGCAGUAGAAAGUUAGACUUCCUGUCAGUUACUUCAGACUGAAAAGAUGAGAGCAGGUUAAUGUUUGUAUUUACAGUUUGUGUAUAUGGGAAACCUAGAGAUACAUUCUCCAGUGUUUUUUAUUUUCUUUUUCUUUCCAUGGCCACAUUUUGAGAUGUGUGGGCCCCGGCCACUCCACUUAAUGUAUUUUUUAUUGUUUUCACACACUACAAUGUACACAAUUUAAGAUGCUUUUCACAUUAGCUCGUUAGAUUUACUUUUUAUAAAGAACACACUAAUUAGCCAAGUUGAAUUUUAUCUUUGUGUCUGUCAGUGAUCAAUACUGUAUGUAGCACAAUAGUAAUAGUCAUCUCUAAUAUUAAAGAUGCAGUUUGUAAGAUUUUUUUGACCUCUGCAGGGCAUUUGUUUGGAGACAUUGGUAGCUACUUAAGAGUAUCCUCAGGCUAUCUGACUCCACUGCAUAAAGAUACAAAUAUGUCUACAUAAAAAGACAGAACCACAUCAGAAUGUGUCUUCUUAGAAAUUAAAGAUUAUUUUAGAGCAAUGAUUGUUAUUCAGUAAAAUUACAAUUAAAUAUUGUAAAAAGGAAUGUAUACACGUAUAACAAAUACAACUUUGUAUUUACAAAAACAAGAAAUACACAUAAAGCGUGAUUGACUAUAUCAUGGUGAUACUAAAAAGUGAGACUUCAUGUCAUAUAACUGGUGCAGAAUGGUCUCUGGUCUCAUUUAGCUGCAUUGAGUUGUUCACUACUUCAGAAUUUGUUUUUAUCUUUUAACUUUCUAGAUGUCUCAUCUUUGAUAUUUUUUCUACAUUGCAAAAAGCUGAAAUCUGACGUGUCCUCAAAAGAGUGCUGAAAGAAGUUUGGCACUUGUAAAAUAUAUAGCCACAAAAAUAUAUAAUGUUUGAAACAAAUGGAUUAGAAAUGAAUCCCAUGUGAUUAUAGAGAAGUGUGACACUGUUUCAGACAGAUUUCCAACUCUAAAGCUGUCGUGGAGUCUGUUCUGCUGUCUGACCUCAUUGAACGACCUUGUCAGCCGAUUUUGAAAGCAAAGCAGUGCUUUGUGAUGACUGGCCUUUCUCAAACUUUGAUUCAUAGAUUCCUAUAGAUUUAGAUUUUUAACAUUUUAGAAGUUAUCAAACACUAAAACUCUUACCAACUGCUUCUUUAUAUGUGUAAAAUAUAACACUAAUGAAAAUUAGACUACAUUGACUCAUGUUACUGCCUUGUCACUCAUGUGUCACUUGGAACUAUUUUGCUUAUUCUCCUUCAAAGUUUGAUGUGUCCAGUCAGUGGCAACACUAAAGCCAGACGAGUUAAAGAACAUUAGCAGAUUAAUUUAUUUCUGUUCAUGUAAAUUAGGUGUAUAAAAUGUAUGUAUAUAAAAGUCACUGCACAAUAAAUGUGAACAUAUCAUA